GCCCCAUUUCUGCAAUGGGCUUCCUGACAUUGAAACAGUGCUAAUGACAAGGAACGUAAUCGGAAAUUCUUUACAAGUAAAAAUAUUUUGAUGCAUCGCCCUUUCCAUUAAAUCACCUUCAUAUUCUCAAUAGCCUCACAUAACAAAAGUCCGAAAUGUAAAGUUGUACGGGAUUAUGACUGUAUGAGUACUCCGUAAUCAAAUUUUCGCAAAAAUGGGGAAGAUCACGAACAAGGUGGGGAAACUAUGGCGGAAGAUGAAGAUGGAGAAGAAGAAGAAAGACGGAGAUUCAGAUCAAAAUGCGCGACUUUCUUACCCUAGGUUGUCGCCUGAGUGGUGCGGUUUAACGGUCUUCACCUCGGAUGAAUUGUCUAAGAUGACCAAGGGUUUUAGUGCCCAUAAUUUGUUGGGGCAUUUCAAGUUUGGGGAUCUUUACAGGGGUGAUGAUGAUGAUGACAAGGUGCUAACUAUCAAAAUUUGGAGGUUCGAUAAUGGUGAUUGGGCUACGAGGAACAAAUUUAUCUGUGCGCUUAAGGUAAAAUGACCCCGAGGUUUUAAAAAACGCACCAAAUACCCUCGCCUGUUUCGAUUCACAUAAUAUACCCCUAUUUAUCCGUACUGUUCAUGACAUGCACCUGUCAGCUAACGCCGUUAGUCUGCCGUUAGUGGUGUUUUACUUAUUUGCCCUUAAUUUUGGUUUAGCGCCAUUGACUUCCUUCACUUUCACAGAAAGACCAAAAAAAAAAAAAACUGUUCAAAAUUUUCUCUUUCUCUCUCCUCUCCCCUGUUCUUCUUCAAGCUCUAAUCCUACUCAAACCCUAGAAAUUCUGGGUAGAUCUUCAAUAUUUUUGUGAAUUUUGCUGCGCACCUUAAAGGCGAGUUCGUGGGUUGUGAUUUUGCUUCAAUCGCGACAAAAAAGGGAGAAACUUGAGGCGAUUUCCAGCUGAGUUAGUGUUGAAGAGGAAACGGGAAUUUUAAAGUUGGUUAGUCUACUUCCAGGAUGAGUGCUAUUUGGUUGUUACUACGUUAUGGGUCACAUAGUUUUGAUAUUAGAGUGGGAGACAUGGAAAAAUAUCGUUUGUUGAAGUUGUUUCUUGAUAUCUUUGAGGAAUCAGUUAAGCAAGAUGUUUUUUUGCCUAGUACCUUUAGCUUGUAUGUUGAGGGUCCUUGUGGUAAGGUUGAAUUGAAUGAUGAUAAGACUUUAAGGCUUCUGUGGGGAUGGAAUUGGGGUAAAGACACUGCUGAAAUUUGGGUUGAGGGAACAGAUAAACCAGGAUUGGUGUUUAGGAAUGCUGUUGCAAUAAUUGAGAAUCAUAGAAAGGAAAAAGAGAGACAACUUAAGGAGAGACAAGAGGAACUGUUGAGGGCUCAAAGAGAGGAGGAAGAGGCAAUGAGGAAACAACAGGAAAGGGAGGACAUUUUGAGGGAAAUACAGGAACAAAUGGAGUACACUGUGGCUAUGGAGGUCCCUGUUGUUGAUUGUGAGGACAUGAAGGUUGAGUAUGUGAGAGUCAUUAGCAAAGAUGAUGCUGAUGAGGUGUUUCCAGGUUGCUCUCAACCACAACAAACACAAGAAUCCCCAAAGAAACAACCCACCCCACCCAAACACGCAAAUCAUGUUGCUUCUAAGUCAAAAGGCAAGGAUAAGCCUGCUUCUAAGAAACUAACCCCCAAAAGGAGGGCAUCAGCUAAACAACCCACCCCACAGAAACAACCCACCCCACCUAAACAACCCACCAAACAACCUACACCACCACCCCCACCACCCCCACCACAGAAAGAACCCACCCAACCAAAACAACAACAACACACACCACCACCAGAAUAUCCCACCUCUCCACCACAACAACAACAACACACACCACCACCAGAACAUCCCACCUCUCCACCACAACAUCACACCCCUCCACCACCACCACAAAAUCCCACUCCACCACAGAACAACCAAACUGAUGAGCCUAACAAUCAAGCACCACCUGAUCAAGCUCAGCCAGUGAAAAAGAAGGGGGGCAGAGCUAGACCUGAGGGGUUUAGGGUUAACAAAGUCACUGCUAAGAAGGCUGGAACUUGGGUUUCCAAGGGAAAGGGAAAAGGGAGAAAGGGUACAGGAAGGUCUAAGACACCAGGGGUUUUUGCUGAUGUUGGUGAGAUAUGUUCAGAAGAGGAGAGUGAGGAUUCUGAUUAUGAGGAAUCAGAUUCUGAACAAGAGGAUGUUCUGAAUUGA